UACAAGUUGAUGAGGGAUGUCGCAGAGACCCUGAAGCCCUCAGAGCCUCACAGCUGCACACAGACGCGCAGACGGACGGACGGAUAAACAUCGAAAUAAAAACAUGACGUGGCGGGAGCUACGUAGUCGGCAGUUCUGGCGCGCCAUCCUGGCCGAGCUGCUGGGCACCCUGGUCUUAGUGAGCGCCAUCCUGGGGGCCUCUGUGCCCGGCCCUGGGGGGGCCUCCCCGGGGCCGUUGUACCCGGCGGUGGCGGUCGGAGUGUCGAUCGUUGCGCUGGGACACUGUUUUGGAGAAAUAAGUGGUGCACAGGUGAACCCCGCUCUGACUCUGGCUCUGCUGGCCACGCGCCGGCUGGAGGUCCUCAGGGCCGUCGGCUAUCUGGCCGCUCAGUGUUCGGGGGCCUUCUUAGCCUCCGGGGCCCUUUACCUCGCCCUGCCGCUCAAAACCACCGCGGACCACUUCGUCAGCAGGGUUCCCCUGGAGGUGAACGCGGCCCAGGCAGUGGGCAUCGAGGCCCUGUGCACCUUCCAGAUGGUCUUCACCGUGUUCUCGUCGGAGGAAAUGCGACGGAGGGAAAGCCCAGAACCGGGACACCUGGCCAUUGGCUUGGCACACACUGCCGGAGUGCUGAUAGGGGCACGAUUCUCAGGUGCCAGUAUGAACCCUGCACGUUCUCUGGGUCCGGCCAUCGUCACUGGAUUCUGGGAAAACCACUGGGUGUACUGGAUCGGACCGGUGAUGGGCGCCAUCCUCGGUGGGGUGUCCCACGAGUUCCUGUUCGCUCGUAGCGCCUCUCGCCAGAAGCUGGUGGCGUGUCUCACCUGCAAGGAUAUCGAGAUUGUGGAGACGGCCAGCAUGACGGGAUCGUCUCUGUCCACGGUGACGCAGAACGCCAGGGCCAAGCAGGCCAACAAACAGGAGAACAACUGAGCAAGAGGCGACCCAGAGAAGCACACGAGCGUCCCGCAAAAUGAAUUAACCGCCAUGGGACACAACAAACGCAGAACCCCAGAGCCCCCAACGCGUAUCGAGCUCGGCGAUAUUUCUUAUGCUUCAGAAUUCAACUAAUCGUUAGUCGUAUCUUAAAGCUACACAUUCUCAGUUUGGGAUUUUGAUCAUUUUGAAACAUAUGGCAGCAACAUAAUUGCAUGAAGCCUCCUGUCUGCCUGCAGUCCUCAAUGUGUAUUUUCUUCUCAAGAGACCACAAUAAACUCACACGUUGGUCCCGUAUCAACGAACCCAUUAA